AUGCAGUUCCUCGUCGCUACUUCCGCUCUUCUUGGGCUCGCAUCUGCUGCAGCCGUACCUGCUGUCGUGCCUAGAAAUGGAAGAGGCCAUGGCCACAAAAAGUUCAAUGUUCAGGUUGGUGUACGACCGUACUACCUCGUUGACAAUAUGGAUGAUGGCCCAUUGAAAGAGAAAUUGCAAAGCUGCUCGGAGCAAGACUUCAAGACUUCAGACUUUGUCCUGGCCCAUCGUGGAGCGCCGCUUCAAUUUCCCGAGCACACGCUUGCAAGUUAUAAUGCUGCUCAUCGCAUGGGCGCCGGUGUGAUUGAAUGCGACGUUGCAUUCACCAAAGACAAAAAGCUCGUCUGCCGCCAUGCUCAAUGCGACUUGCAUACCACGACCAACAUCCUCAACACUACACUUGCCGACAAGUGUACCACUCCAUUCUCUCCCGCUGCAAAUGGGACCGCUGCGACCGCCAAGUGCUGCACCUCGGACAUUACACUCGAGGAGUUUGGUACCCUCUGCGGCAAGAUGGACAGCUUCAAUCCCAACGCUACAACCGUGAAGGAAUACAUGGACGGAACGCCCUACUUCCGAACCGAUCUCUACGCGCAGAACUGCCCGAAGCUCAUGACGGUCGACGACUACAUCCCCCUAGUGGAUAGCUGGGGCCUAAAGUUUACGCCUGAACUCAAGACCCCCGAGGUCAAGAUGCCUUUCGACGGAUAUACGCAGGAGCAGUACGCCCAGGACUUGGUGGAUAAAUUCCGCGAGUACAAAAUCGAGCCAGAGCGUGUAUGGUUACAGUCCUUCUUGCCAGACGACGUUUUCUACUGGAUCGACAAUGAGCCCGAGUUUGGUGUACAGGCCGUCUACCUUGAUGAGCGCGUCGAUACACCAGAGGGAUAUGCCAAUGCCACGGCUGGAAUUCCUGAUCUCGCGGCUCGUGGUGUCAAGAUCAUGGCUCCGGCUAUGUUCGCCCUUACCAAGCUCAACGAUGCAGGUGAGAUUGUGCCGUCUGAGUAUGCCAUCGCUUGCCAGGAGAACGGGCUUGAGAUGGUUGCGUGGUCGUUUGAACGCUCGGGGUGGCUGCAGAUUGAUGGUGGUGGUUACUACUACCAGUACGUCGCCAACGUCACGAAUAAUGAUGGGGACAUGUACAAGGUGCUUGAUGUUCUUGCGCACCAGGUUAAGAUCAAGGCCAUGUUUUCGGAUUGGCCGGCUACGGUAACUUAUUUCGCAAACUGCUUUGGCUUAUAG